AUGGCAAGAUAUUACAAAUGUGUAGUACUACUUUUGGUGUUGAUUAUAAUUUCACAAUCAUGCUUGUGUGCAAAUUCAAAUGUCCCUUGCAUAGAAAAAGAGAGACAAGCCCUUGUUGAUUUCAAAGCAUCCAUUUCACAACACUCAUCAAACAGGCUUACCUCAUGGAAAGGUACUUACUGUUGCCAAUGGGAAGGCAUUGGCUGUGACAAUGUUACUGGACAUGUUGUCAAACUUGAUCUCAGAAAUCCUUGUUACUCGCCAUAUUGGCAGCCACGAGGAGAAGAUUAUCUCGACGUUCAAUACAAUUUUUAUGGUCAAAUGGCCUGUAUGUUGGUACAAUCUCCAAAUGUCAGCUCGUCUUUGCUACAAUUGGAACACUUGACUUAUUUGGACUUGUCUGGAAAUGAUUUCAGUGGAAGUUCAAUUCCUAUGUUCAUUGGCUCCAUGGGACGCCUUGAGCAUCUCUCUCUCUCAGACGCUGGUUUUAGCGGAAACAUUCCCAUCAGUCUCGGAAAUCUUAAAAGCCUACAAUUUCUUGAUCUCAGCUUCAAUUACCGUUUUGGCUCCUUAUUACAAUUGAACGGGGACACCACUUGGAUAUCUAAACUUCAUUCACUCAAUCACCUUGACUUGAGUUGGGUUACCAUCAAGGACACACACAACUUAUUCCAGGUACUCAAUUUACUCCCAUCCUUGUUGCAUCUUUCCUUAUAUGAUUGUGAACUUGACAAUUCACUCAUUCCUCCUCAUGCUUUCCAAAACAAGACAUCUCUUGUCUAUCUAGAUCUCUCACUUAAUAUGCUUCCUAGUCCAAUUCUCGAGUCUUUUCAAAACAUGACUUCCAUUGAAUCACUCUAUCUUUCUGGAAACAGUUUCACAUUAGUUCCAUCAUGGUUUUGCAACUUUGAAAAACUUACUCAUCUUGAUCUUUCUCACAAUAAUUUAACUUCCAUUCCAUCAAGGUUUGUUGAUUUGAAGAGACUUGUGUACCUUGAUCUUAGUUGGAAUCAACUCGCACUAAAAGAUUACUUUCUAUCAUCAAUCAUAAAUUCCAUGUGCCGCCUAAAAUUUUUGAUUUUAUCAACAAACAAGCUUUAUAUAGAAUCAAUGGAACACUUUGAAAUAUCUAAAUGUAUUAGAUAUGAUUUGGAGUACUUGGAUUUAGGGUAUAAUCAUAUCAGUGGCCACCUGCCAACUUGGUUGGAGAAACUUGAAAAUCUAAAAUAUCUUGAUUUUACUUCAAAUUAUCUCCAUGGACCUAUCCCUUUGUCAAUAGGAAAGUUGUCAAAACUGCAUGAGUUACAUCUCUCCAAUAAUAUAUUUGAAGGGCUCAUUCCUGAAAGUAUAAGUCAACUUGUCAAUUUAACCGACUUACAUCUUUCUUCUAAUAAGUUUUAUGGUUCAAUUCCUCAAAAUCUAUGGAAACUUACAAAUCUACGUUAUCUUGAUCUUUCAAACAAUUCUUUUAAUGGGGUCAUUUGGGAAAGUCUUUGCCAACUUGUCACUUUAUAUACCUUAGACAUCUCUUCUAAUAAAUUAGAUGGUUCUAUUCCAGAAAGCCUAGGAAAACUUACAAAUUUAGAUUAUCUUGACCUUUCAAACAAUAAUUUUAAUAGGUUUGUUCUUAAAAGUCUUUGUCAACUUGUUAACUUAUUUCAUUUAGAUGUUUCUUCAAAUAUGCUGGAUGGAACAAUGUCUAUGGAAAAAGGAUGUCAUUUAAAUUUGAAUUAUUUGAAUCUUUCUCAUAAUCAAAUAAGUGGUUCACUUCCAAAAAAUAUUAGUCUUAUAUCAUUGUCUUUUUCAGAGGGCUUGUUUUUAGGAAAUAAUCACUUAAAUGGUUCAAUCCCCAUCUCUUUGUGCCAAAUUCCACUUAACAGCCUUGACCUUUCAAAGAAUAAUUUGUCGGGUGAAAUUCCAAAUUGUUGGGAGGAUAGUCUAGAAAUAUUGUCUGAGAUAAACUUGUCAUCUAACAAACUAACCGGAGCAUUCCCAAACUCAUUUGGGAAUCUUCCCGUACUGCUUUGGUUGCAUUUGAACAAUAAUAAUCUUCAAGGAGAGCUUCCUGUGUCUUUUAGAAAUUUGAAACAGUUGUUGAUUUUGGAUCUUGGUGAGAAUCAGUUUUCUGGAAGUAUACCAUCAUCAUGGACAAUAGACACAUUUCCUCUAGUGCAAAUUAUUAGAUUGCGGCAAAACAUGUUGAAUGGCAGCAUUCCUACGCAGUUAUGUCAACUCAAGUCCCUCAAAAUUUUGGACCUUUCUAGAAACAAAUUACAUGGCUCGAUACCUCGAUGCAUAGGCCACCUUCAAGGAAUGACAUUAACACCAUUGGCUCCAGCAAUGUCUCCAAUAACAUUUGAAGAAGUUUCUUUUCAAGGAUGGACUAGUCAAGACGCCAUGGAAGUGGUGAAAGGAGUGGAACUUAACUAUACUAAAAUCUUGAAUCUUGUAGUUCACAUGGACUUGUCAGAAAAUAAUUUGGUUGGAGUCAUUCCUGAUGAAAUCACUUUUCUCACAGGUCUUCAUGAUUUGAGCUUGUCAAAAAAUCAAUUGACAGGAGAGAUCCCUCAAUUGAUAGGAGACAUGAAAUCACUAGAAUCCUUGGACAUGUCUCAUAACCAACUUUCAGGAAAAAUUCCCAACACCAUGUCUGCUUUAACUUCAUUGAGUCAUUUAAACUUGUCUCACAAUAAUCUCUCAGGACCAAUUCCUAAAGAUAAUCAGUUCUCAACUUUUAAUGACCCGUCUAUUUAUGCUUACAACCCAUACCUUUGUGGAUCGCCACUUCCAAACACGUGCCCUGGUGAUCUUUCACAUGGAGCUUCUGAAAGAAAAGGUAAUGAGGAUGAAGAUGGGAUAGAAAAAGUAUGGUUCUACUUUGUGAUAGCACUCGGCUUUGGGACUGGGUUAUGGGGAGUUAUUUUCACUUUGUGGUUCAAGAAGAAUUGGAGACAUGCUUACUUCAGAUGGGUGGAAGAUGUUGGUGAUGAGAUAUAUGUGGCAAUUGUAAUAAAAGUGGCCAAAUUAAAGAAGAUGAAGAUGAAGAGAAACCAUGACCAUGAGUGA